AUGGCGCGAAGUGGCGCAUCGGCUCGUCAGUCCUCGCGUGGACGGGGAAGCACCGGCGUUGGCGCGCACCCGACGAUGCGUAAAAAGUCCAAGCUCGUUGUCACGUUUAACCCGGAGAAGCGCAAGGAGUAUCUGACGGGGUUCCAUAAGCGCAAACAAGAGCGUCGUCGCUUUGGGCUGGACAUGGAGGCGUACAAGGUCAAGAAACUUCAACUGGAGGCAAAGAAGAACCGGCGAGCAGAGCAGAAGGAGAAACUGGCAGCACUGAAUCUGCUAUCGGACGAUGAGAAGACAAAAGAGGAGGAAGAAGAGGAGGCAGAUGAGGAGGAGGAGGAAGCGUCCGAGACGAAGAGGACGUGUGUGUCGCUUCGCUCUGGUGACGCCAAGGCGGUCGUUAACGUCACGACGUUCAGUGACGACUUUACUCAGGGCAAGUUUGGUGACGUGGUGACUGUCACGACGGCCGUGGGCGAUGUGCAGAGUGAUAGCGACGACAGUGACAGCAGUGUGGAGGCAGUGGAAGAGGCAGCGGACGACACUGCAGGUCAGCGCGGGUCUGGUGCGCUGCGUGCGAAGAAGUGGAAGGUCGAUCCCGAGCAGCACUUGACGCUUUUCCAGCGGAUACAACAGCAGCGCAAGGGCAAAGCACUGCCGUCGAAGCGCUCGAAGCUUAAAGAGGCACGGACUGCACGAAAGGCCAUGAUGGGUAAGAAAGGUAACAGCAGUGGCAUCAUUGGUCCGAGCAAGAAACGGGGGGCUGAAGAUGGCGACGGAGCAGGUACUGCUGUCGGUAAACUCAGGAAGAAGCUCAAGAUGAAGCGCAGUCAGAGCACUGGCCAGAAGCGUCAGAAGCAGCGAUAG